AAUCAAUCACUCACUCACUCACUCAUCAGCUCUGGCACUUGUUGUCCACUUUAUGACGUCAACCAAUUUUCCUGCCAGUCUUCAACCAAGAAAGCGUCAACACAUUAAAACUGUCAUGUUCAUACCAAAAGGCAUUUAACUCAUCAAAGUGACUGCCGCUGAAACUAAAGGCUGUGACCUUAAAUCCUCGACCUCACUAACUGAAUGAACGCGCGCUCGCACGCACGAGGUCGGUGGAUAGAGGUGAGAUGGCGCAGCGCGCGACCGCGCAGGUCAGAGUGGAAGUGGCCUUCUUCACUUUAACAACCCAGAGCUUUGCAGCUCAACUAGCGUGACACACUUUCCCCUUCCGCUCGCUCUCUGGACACAGAGGAUUAUGUGGACUAACUUCAGCAACGCACUUCUCAGAAAGCACAGCAGCCACUAAAGAACGAGGACCAGCGUUUCCCCCCCCCUCCUCCACAUCCUGUCACUCUCUCUCUACAGCUGACUGUCACCGGGACAUGACUGAGGGUGGAGACAUGGCUGCUGGGUUCAUCCCUCAAAAGGAGAUCGUGUACAACGGCAUGCUGCCUUACUCCGGCCGCUUGGAGCGGGAGGCCACGCAGCUGCUGGCGGGGAUCAAAUCGGGCUUGUCCCGGGCUGUUCUCCUCAGAGAGCUGUGGCCUGGAGUCGCUUUCUGGUGCAGGAAACUCUUCUCCUACCUGAAGCUCUAUGGCCGGAGGUUCAGUAAAGAUGACCACAUUUUCUUCAUCAAGUUGCUCUAUGAGUUGGUCACACUUCCGAACCUGGAGCCGCAUAUGAUGCAGGGCUACGCCAGGCUGCUCAUUCACCUGCUCAAGAAGAAGGAACUUCUGUCAAGGGAUGACCUACAGUUACCAUGGCGACCACUUUAUGAUUUGUAUGAGAAGGUCAUUUACUCCAAAACUGAGCAUCUUGGACUCAUCUGGUUCCCCAGCUCUGUGGAACACAUUUUAAAGGCUUUGAUCAAAAGCUGCAGACUGUAUUUCCCCACAUCGUCCACCAAGGAGAUGCUGGAUGAGUGGCGCCCCCUUCUGUGCGUGUUUGAUAUGGUCAUGCAGAAGGCCAUCAGUAACAUGGAGCUGUUCCUGCCCACCAUCAUGUCUCCAGAGGAACACAACCAGGGCUUCCAGUUGUGGUUUGAUGAAUUAAUGAACCUUUGGAUGGCGGUGCAGAAUCAGCCAAGCUGGGAAGGGCAUUUAGUGAACCUGUUUGCGCGACUUGCCAACGAUAACAUUGGCUACGUGGACUGGACGCCUUAUAUUCCCACAAUAUUCACCAGGAUCCUGCGCAGUCUGAACCUGCCAGUUGGGGUCAGUCAGAUGGUGGCACCGCGGUAUCUUACCAACUCCUACGACAUUGGACACUUGGUGUUGUGGAUUACAGCACUUCUGGGUGGACCAGGAAAUCCUGCACAGAAACAGCUGACCUGCCUCUUCAACAGCAUCGCUUCUUUCUACCAUCCCUCCAAUCAUGGUCGCUGGCAGUCUCGACUAAUGCGGCUGAUUCAGCGUCUGCCUGCAAGUGUUGUGCGCCGUGUGCACCGGGAGCGUCACGGUGAUCCCAGUUGGAUCACAGUGGUUCCUGAGGGUCAGAGGUUGACUGAUGCAGACCUGCAGGAGUUCACCCACAGCCUCAUUGGAGCUGCCCUUUUGGCCAUGUUCAGUAAAACUGGCAGCAAUGAUGCAGCCUACGCUCUACAGAACCUGGCACUCCUUACUCCAGAACUUGCCAUACCACCCGUACUUGAGAAGACCUACGCGGCAAUGGAGACCCUGACGGAGCCGCACACCCUCACUGCCACCCUCAGCUGCAUGAUUGGCAUGGCUCGCAGCCUGGUUUCCCCUAACAACCAUUACCCAGAGGGCCGUGCGCACGUGCUCUCACUGCUCAUGGGCUGUCUGCCAGGGGUGGACCCCAACGACUUCAGCAAGUGCAUGAUAACGUUCCAGUUCAUCGCCACCUUCACCACUCUGGUGCCUUUAGUGGAUUGUUCGUCUGCUCCUUCUCGACACAGUGAUCUCACAGAGAUUGAGAAAGAUCUGUGUUUUGCUUCAGCUGAGUUUGAAGACUUCGUUCUUCAGUUCCUGGACAGGUGUUUUGCUCUGAUAGACAGCAGUACACUGGAACAGACGAGAGACGAGACAGAGACAGAUACCCAGACUCAUCUGGAGAGCCUGGUAGAACUGGGUCUGUUCUCUACUGUCAGCACCGUCUUAACGCAGUGCUCCACAGAAAUAUACAAGGUGGCGUUGCACAAGGUUUACAACUUUGCCACCUCCAACAUCUUUGAGACAUGCGUGUCAGGCAGGAUGGUGGCUGACAUGUGUCGAGCUGCGGCCAAGUGUCAUCCUGCUGAGUCUCUCCGUCUGUUCAUCCCUCACUGCUGCAGCGUCAUUUUCCACAUUACCAACAACGAGGAGUUGCAGAGUGAGGACGAGCUGGAUAAGGAGCUGUUGUGGAAUCUCCAGCUGCUCUCUGAGGUGAGCCGUGUGGAUGGUGAACAGUUAUUAAAAUACCAAGGGGACCUGGAGCGGAUCUUGUGUGUGUGCGUGCGCCUGCGCUGCAAACAGGCUUACACACUUGCCUGCAGUCUGCUAGAACACACGCUUCGGUCGCUGUCCCUCAUCUAUCCCACUGAGCACCGCAGCACCUCUGGAAGCUUUGAUAAUGACCUCCCUAUACGGGACUGGGGCAGAGCCGGAGAUGUGGCAGCCCUGGGUGUGUGUUGGCACGUGCCAAGUGUGGAGGAGGAGAACUUUGUUUUCCAGCUGUUGUCACGCCUCCUCCACCCUGAGCUGGAGCGAAUCAAGGGCCACGUCUCUGGAGAUCAGCCCGUGAGCAGGGAGGAGCUGUUGCAGAGUCUUGCUAUCGUGCACCACUGCCUUCUUGGAGCUGGAAGCAUGCUGCCCCCUCUGGAUGGAGCACAUGUAUCUGACCUUGUGCCCUCCAUGGUGAAUCUGGGAGAGAUCAGACUGUAUAUAGGCAUCAACUACGGUGAGAAAACACAGUCAAACGUCCACGUAACACAAAUGCACACAUGUAAGUAUUCACUCCCUCCCAACAGUAAGGCCACUUCUUUGUUUCCUUACUCUCCAGACGAGUCAAGGGAGAAUUACAGACAGUCCAUCUGCCAAACCAUGAGGCUGCUGCUACAUCACAUCUUGGAGCAAUCGGAGGAUGACACCAAGUCACUGUUUGUCAUCAUUAAGAUCAUAAGUGACCUCAUGUUUUUCCGUGGCACUCACAAGAAAGAGUUUGACUCCCGCUGGAAAAGCUUCACCCUUGUCAAGAAGUCCAUGGACAACAGACUUCAUGGGAAAAAGCAGCACAUAAGAGCACUACUCAUCGACCGCGUUUUACUCCAGCAUGAGAUGAGGACACUGGUGGUUGAGGGCAGUGAAUAUAAAGUGGUUCAUCAGGAGCUGCUCUGUGAUCUGCUGCUGCUGUCCACCAGCACUUACAGCCAGGUACGUAGCCGGGCUCAGAAUGUGCUGACUACUGCUCUGGGAACAUAUAGCUUCUCCUACAGGGACCUAAUUCCCCGAAUCGUCCAACUGCUCUCACCACAGCACACCACUGGCACACAACAGCAGUUCAAGGGUGCUCUGUACUGCCUGCUGGGAGUGCAUAGUGGUGUUUGCCUUGCGAGUGUGAGGGACUGGGACUGUGUCGGGGAGGUGUGGCCUGCUCUGGUCCUCUGCGGUCUGUCGCCCUCUAUGACCCUGGAAAAGCCCUCCAUUAGUCGACUCCUUGAUGACAUCAUUGACAGAAUCAAUCGGCAGCACGACACCAUCGGGAUUUAUUUCACAGUAUCUGAGACAUGUGUAGAAAUCGCCAAUCAAAUCACAAAGUCUGGAAAUCCAAUGUCUUGCUUAGAGGCACCGUCCACCGCGGACCUCAACGAGGGGCUCCAGCGUCAGCGAAUCAGAAACAUAGUCGCUGCAAGGAAAUAUGAGAAGCUGGUCAAUGAUCUCUUGACCUGCCUUGAGGACAGAGACCUGCCCUGGAAGUUUGAGCACAUGGCCACAGACUUUCUGUCCCUCUUGCUGAGAGAUGAUCACCCUCUGCCACCUGAUGCUGUCCUCUUUUUCACACAGAGCCUCGUACAUGACUCCAUCAGCAUACGCAAGGUGGCGAUCUCAGCAGUGGCCGGGAUCCUCAAACAGCUGAAACGACCGAGAAAUAAAGUGGCAGUGAAGCCAGCGGAUAUUAGCGGCGUACAGGAUCCAGAGGGUGUGUAUGUAGGCGACCGUGAGGGGAAUCAAUGGCUGCAAUACGACAGCAACAAUCUGCCUCUCACCCAGGAACAGUGGGACUCUCAGUACUAUGUGGAAAAAACGCACUGGGGCUACUACUCAUGGCCAAGAGAAAUGAUGAUCUAUGCAGCUUCUGAGGAGCCGAACGAUGACCUGCCGUAUGAGAUGAUGAGUGAGGGUGAAAAGAUCGUCUUUGAAUAUUUCUCAGACCCGGAGUUUAUUGACCAGCUUAUUGGGUUUCUCUCACUGGAGGACCGGAAAGGAAAAGACAGCUUCAACCCGCGACGAUUCUGUCUCUUCAAGGGGCUGUUUCGUAACUAUGGCGACGUGUUCCUGCCGCUACUAUGGCCUCACCUUGAGCAGCUUGCCAGCAACCCCCAUGAGAGCUCGCAGCGCUGUGUGUGUGAGAUUACUGCAGGACUAAUCAGAGGCAGCAAACUUUGGAGUUUCAGCAAGGUGGAGAGCUUAUGGCAGCUUUUGUGUCCUUUGAUCAGAACAGCGUUGACCAACAUCACAGUGGAAACGUACACAGACUGGGGCACUUGUAUCGCCACUGCAUGUGAGAGCAGAGACCCUAGGAAACUGCACUGGCUCUUUGAGCUGCUGAUGGAGAGUCCACUCAGUGGAGAGGGCAGCUCAUUCAGGGAUGCCAGUUUGCUGUAUGUGCUUCAGGGAGCUCUCGCCCAGCAGCAGUGGAGAGUUUCUGAACUGCUGCACAGGCUGUUGGUUUACCUGGAGCCCAGAAUCACCCAGGUGUAUAAAAAUGUCAGGGAACGUAUCGGCAGUGUCCUGACCUAUAUCUUCAUGAUUGACGUGGCUCUGCCCCACACCCAGUCCACCUCCUCCCCUCACGUGGCAGAGUUUGUCACUUGGGUCCUGGAGCGGCUCAAGCCGCUUACGUUGGAGCCGGAGAUCCACAACCACGUCCACGAGGAGAACACCCAGGAGAUGGACGAGCGCACUCAGGCUGUCAAAUUGCUCAAGACGGUGUUGAAAUGGUUGAUGGCGAGCGCGGGACGAACUUUUACUACUCCUGUUGAGCAGCAACUACAGCUCCUGCCCCUUCUCUUCAAGAUUGCCCCGGUGGAGAUUGAUGAGAGCUAUGAUGAGAUGAAGCAGGAUGCGCGCACGUGUCUCUCUCUCAUGUCCCAGGGCCUGCUGUAUCCUGAGCACAUCCCUCUGGUUCUGGCAGCACUGGAAGGGAUGACAGCCUGCAGGUCAUGGCAUGCACGCUUCUCAGUACUGACCUACCUCCAGAUCAUGGUUUUCUACAACUUGUUUACGCUGCUCAGUGUGCCUGCUGAGGUUCUCCGCAUCCAAAAGCUGGUGACGCAGCUGUUGCUUGACGAACAGCUCGAGGUGAGGGACAUGGCAGCCACCACCCUCAGUGGUUUACUGCAGUGCCACUUCUUCCCCCUGGACUUCAGUCUGCAGACGCAGCUCCAGACGCUGAGUCAGACUCGACUCCCCAAGGCCAGAGGAGAGUUGGCCUCCAUAGACUUAGUGCGGCGCCAUGCCGGCGUGCUCGGCCUCAGUGCGUGCAUCCUGUCGAGCCCCUAUGACGUCCCAGACUGGAUGCCUCAGAUACUGAUGGACCUCAGUGACCACCUCAACGACCCACAGCCUAUAGAGAUAACGGUGAAAAAGACUCUGUCGGAGUUCAGACGCACUCACCACGAUAACUGGCAGGAGCAUCGUCAAAGCUUCACUGAUGAUCAGCUGCUGGUGCUCACGGACCUGCUGGUGUCACCCUGCUACUACGCGUAGACAGACAGCUGCCUCGCCCCCGCCGCGUCCCUUUACAGACCGACUGACCAGCGGCAUGGAAAAAUAAUUAUACCCUGAAACACUGGGGAAACUGGAGCUCUCUGUGAAGCCUGGUAGAAUAAUGCAUGAUAAUGUUACGGCGGCACAGAGCUCUGCUUCAACUUCUUCAUGUGACAUGGUUGGCCUUCAGCAAAAACCCAGCAGAAAUUUAGCUCUGGGCAAAAGUGUCUCAAAUGUUAGACUUUUUGGUGUUUGUUCCGUCUCAUCAAGCAGUUCAACCGCCCCAAAGGUGGCCACUGUACUUAGAAAAUAACCACCAUUUAGAAUAGCUUUUAUGUUACUUUUGCAGAAUAUUUUCAGCCAUGUUCAGGUCAAAUCUUCCAAAUCCCAUCACAGGCUGCUUUCGAGAUUAGAUCACAGAGAAGUUCAGUGUGUUACAGGGGAAUUUGACCAAUCAAGAGAGAUGACACUCCUGGCUAUACAGUACAUUCCUCUUCAUCUACUCUGCAUACAGGCCAUUUCUGGUGCUGGAUUUACCAACAAACAUUGUGUAUGCUGCAAAAAAAAUACAAGAAUGAAAGAGUAUUAAAGAGAGUCUGGCACUAAAGGCAAUAAAAUAUGUGUUGAAAUCAGGUACAAGUGCAUCAGGACAAAGAGCAGCAAACUCAACAAGAAGCUAUUUUCCCAGUGACUCUGCCUACUGCAGCUUUAAAUGACACGUAAAAAGUGUAAAACUGUCUGGUAUUUCACCAACUAUAAGAAUAAAAUGUGUUUAUGAUAUAAACAUAUGUACUUACUUUCUAAAAGCUUACACUAACAGUACUAGAUACUGCAAAAUGUAAUGGUAUUUAUUCAGUUAUGAUGUAAUCCAACACUGGCAAUGUGAUGGCGUUUGUAAUACGACAGUAUUACCAUAUAAAAUAUGUGUAAUAAAUGGUGUAAUUGAUAUAAAUGUAUGUAACAUUUAUAAGCGUACUUGAAUAAGACAAAAUGACAAAAUCUAUCAUAUGCUGUGCCGGUGUACCAAGUACCUACACGCGCGACUGUGUUGUAUUAUACAGUAGCUCAGCACUGAAAAUUGAAUAAAUUCACUGCAUCAUUGGUAAA